AUGAGUCCCAGCAUCACCACUGAGGCAAACCAGCCUCUCCCUGCCAGGUCCACCGUGGCCCAGAGAAAACAAGCCAACGAACUGAGAAAGACUCUUAAACCCUUGCUGGAAAAGAGAAGACGUGCUCGUAUCAAUGACAGUCUCAGUCAUUUGAAAAGCCUGAUUCUUCCUCUGGUUGGCAAAGAUAACGCACGCUACUCCAAGCUGGAGAAAGCUGAUAUUCUGGAAAUGACCGUCCGUUUCCUCAGAGACCUUCCUUCCACUCCAGUUAAAGACUCCGCAGACAGUUACAGAGAAGGCUACAAAGCCUGUCUCCAGCGCGUCUCCGCUCUGCUUCCCAAAACGAGCCUGGACCAGGAAGCGUGCCAGCGGGUGAACGACUUUGUCCAGCAGUCCACGUCCGCCACCGUCACCCCAACCUGCCUGAACUGCUGCGCUCAGAGCUCAAGGGCUUUCCCUCAGAUCCAACAAAGACUCCUGAGCCUAAAAUCCAGCUUCAGCUCCAGACCUGACAGCCAGUCCCACAGAGACGCAGUAGCUCCCAGCCGAGGGCAGCCAGGCCCGCAGGCUGUCAGCGCUGCCAUGUGGAGACCCUGGUAG